AUGGAUACCGGCCAGCUGUCUCCUAUCAGCACCGAACUCGAGAUUUCCCCCGUGGGCGCCGCCGCGUCUGCCGUGCCGACCAUGAUUCAUUCCGCCACGUCGUCAUGUGCGGAAUCCUGGAGCACUAGCUAUAGCGAAGGCGCUGGGGCGGGUGAUGAAGCCGAACAUGAUAUGUCAUGGGAGAAGAAUUCAGAUGACGCAUUGACAGUCCCCAAGAUAGAACCUCUCGAAGAUGAUGGUUUCCAGAUGGACGAGGUCAAAGAAGCUCCACACACCCCGACUACAGAACCGAAUGCUGCGCCGGUGCCACAGAUGAAGUUAAAGAGACCGAGGGGCCGGCCUCGUAAACACCCCCUCACACCCCAAGUAGCAGCGAAUAAGAUUGCCAAAGGCCGUUCCAAGACCGGGUGUAUCACAUGCCGGAAAAGAAAAAAGAAAUGCGACGAGGCAAAACCACGCUGUUUAAAUUGUGAGAAAAAUGCUGUUGUUUGUGAGGGAUACCAUGAGAAGACCAUAUGGAAGAGCGGCAAGGAGAAACAGGCAGAAGAAGACCUACAGAAGCGGCUCAGCUUGCCACAGAUUACUCUCCAACCUAUAUUCGAGGGAGUAGAAACGCCCGAAGAUAUGGUCUUCUUGAAUCACUACAUCAGUCACUUAAGCGGUGUACUUACGGUUGAAGGGCAGUAUAAGAAUGCAUUCAAGGAUAUGCUACUCCAGAUGGCAGUAGAGCAUCAAGGCCUCAUGCACUCUAUUCUUUCCGUAGCUAGCAGACAUAUCGACUACGAUACUCCAUACGGCACCAAAAUCCUUGUCUCUAACCCAAAGAUCAGCCUGGCUUCGCUACUGAAUAGGUCACAGUUUCACCACCAGGAGGCGAUGAAGAAACUUUGCGAGCCGAUGGAUAAUGAGAGCGAUCCGAAAAACAAGACCAAUUUAUCUCCCCGCUAUGGACAGAUGCUCUGUCUGCUCUUGCAAACUCUCGCAGAAGGUAAUCCUAAUGGCGAACAUCGGGUUCAUCUUCAGGCGUACAAGAAUCUCAUCCAACAGUCGCCACCCCCGGACGAUGCCUUUUUGAUAUUUAUCACCGAAUUCUUCCAGUAUCGCGUUUUUGCAGACGAGCUCAUACGUUAUCCUGAUAUUCACACACCCCGAUUAGCGACUGAGGAUUGGACACCUUGGCUUGAAAUCCAGCCCGCACGUCUGAUCGGCAUUGCCGAUGGUUUAUUCCACUACCUCGCGCAGAUAACGAGUAUUCGCAACACCAUCAGGGCGAACAUAGCUGCCGAAGCGGAUCCCGUCGUUGACUACACCUCACUAUACCGAGCUGCCGAGAUCGAUUCUGCUAUCCGAGAGUGGACUCCUCAUUGGCCUCCGGGAGAUAGUCGUGAUCGUGUCGGGCUCCUAUACAAGCAGAUGAUGUGGGUAUAUCUGUUCAGGACCAUCUACCCGCCCUCAUCGACAACGCCGUCUACACUAUUCACCCAACCGUCAGCCAGUAUCAUUCCUCUAUCCCCGGCUUCCCAGUCUCACUCUGCCCAUACCCCACCUUCAUCGGAACGACCAACAAGUAGUCAUACGACGCCGCCCCGUGCCGAAUCCCCGGCACCGAUCCGAUACCCACCUCACCACGACAACCGCAUCACCAUUGCCGUCGAUGAAUCAUUAGCGAUUCUAGACUCCUUCAAACCGAGUGAUCCCGUGCAAACCCUGCUUCUAGUACCUUGUCUCGUGAUCGGCUGCGCAUGUUUCGCUCCUGCACAACGGGAGAGAGUGCGGAACGCAAUCCGGACAGUUCGCGGCUACACCGGGCUCCGCAACGGCGACCGCGUUGGCGAAGUGCUCGAAGAAGUCUGGCGGUUGAUGGAACGCGGCGACUGGGCACGCGUAUGGGACUGGCAAGGUGUUGCGAGAAGUAUGGGCCUCGACUUCUCGUGCGCUUAA